AUCAGCAUCGGCCGCGCAUGGCAGAAAGGAAAGCCUGCGGUGCUCCCUCCCAUCCCCGCCGCCCCUCCGCCAGUUCUACUUCUGUCAAAAGGGGAGAAAUAUAUAGUAUAUAGGAAGCGAGAGGGCGCGAGAAAGAGGGAAAAGCAGCUACGUAGUGGCGCUAAGCGGGACUGUGUGUGGGUGUGAAACGCAGAGCGGACCGAAUAACUGACUGAAGCGUAUACUUACGCGAGAGUGAGGGAGAGAGAGAGAGAGAGAGAGAGAGAGAGAGAGAGAGAGAGAGAGCGCAGAGCAAAAAGGGGUGCAGGCUCGUCCGUCAGCGCGAAGCAGCUCUGGCCCGAUUAUCCGUAUGCUGCGGAUGGGAAACAGUGUACAAGUGUCGCGAGUGAAUUGACCAUUGAUACGCGGACAGACGAGUCGCUCGCUUGGGGCUUCCAUCGUAUAAUACGCGAAAGAGAGCGAAUCAGUCGAGCAGUGUACCUAUAGCAUCGGAAUGGAGGCGAGCUUGGACGGACGUCUCUGAAGAGGAAAAGUUCCUUGGCUCGACUGUGGGAUUCGUGGGUCUACACACUGUGGCAAGGAGCAUCGAAAGAGGAAGCGCACUGGGACCGGACGACACGGAGCUUGCGUGCCUCUGUGUGGUUCGCGCAUAUAUAUUUUAGCUCGUACACCUAGAUAGCUCCGCAAGCUCUCGGACGGCCGACCGAACGAGAAGGUGCGAGAGAGAGAGAGAGAGAGAGAGAGAGACAGAGAGGCAACCAGUCAGCAGCGCCGAGGCCACCCUAGGACGCACAUCCACGCACAAGCUACGCGCAAGACAGCAGAAACCGAGAGAGAGAGAGAGAGAGAGAGAGAGAGAGGGAGAGAGUCGUCGCAGCGAGGAUAGACUAUAGGAGGCAGCCAACAGAGAGAGAGAGAGAGAGAGAGAGAGAUAGAGAGAGAGAGAGAGAGAGAGAGAGAGAUAGAGAGAGAGAGAGAGAGAGAGAAGAGAGUAUAGUGCGAGAGACGACUACGUUAAAUGGCUGUCAGGGCGGAUCGAGGCUCGCGGACGACGACGCCUCUGAUCUCGAGCAGCAGCGCGAGCGCGGCUAACGAAACCCGGAGCCAGGGAGUCAGCAGCUCCUCUUCUCCUCGUACCCGUGGUGAUGACUGCCGCGACCGCUGCCACCACUGCUGAGCGGGAGAUGCGUUGCGGAUUCGCUCCGAGCCUGGUGCUGCUGCUGCUGUUGUCGCUGCACCGUUGACAAGAGACCUCCGCUGCGGAAGGAGAAGACGAGAAACGACGAGCGAACGGCUGCUUCUCCUCACACUGACAUUUCUGACCGAGAGUCGAACGGAGCGAGCCCAUCGGCCUGCUUUACCUCUUUUGUACUCUGACGAAGGGCCGUGCUCAACGACUCAUCCACUGAAAUUUUCUCGGAGACGCUGUUGCAUCUCCCCGCAUGACAGCUCUGUGAUAUAAGCUCUACCUCUGAUUCUGUUUUUCUCUCUCUCUCUCAGACUUCCUGUUUGCCUCUUCUACGUCGCUUUCGUCUCUUCCUUUGUUCGAUUCUACUGCUGCUCUGACCAGCCUUGAGGCAGGCUCUUAUUAUUUACUCCCAACUGCUGUAAUCUUGCUCUCUCACUCGUUCUGACUGUGAAACUCUACCCCUUACACAUUCUCCUAUCUCGAGUAGCGUCAUGUUUACGGGUACAAUCAAAGUGCAGAUAUGCGAGGCAUCUGGACUACGCGCUACAGACAAGCAGCGCAAGUUCUGGCAAGAGGAGUCGCCCAUCCUCGAUCCCUAUGUGCAGCUGGACAUAGACGAAAAGUACCUCAACCGCUCCUCCACCAAGCCCAAGACCUUUGACCCUGUAUGGAACGAGUGCUUCACCCAUGAAGUGCAGAAUGCCAUGCUACUCGGCCUUACCGUCUUCCAUAAUGCAGCUCUACAGCCAGACGAUUUUGUAGCUAAUUGUAGUAUACCAUUUGAAGAGCUGAUUCAGCGAGAUGAUGAAACCACAGACUUUUGGGUUGACUUAGAGCCUCAGGGAAAGCUAAGAAUAAAAAUAGAGUUGCAACGGAACAAUCAAGCUCAACAGACAGGAUGCGGCACAGGAGAUGGAGAUGGGAUUGGCAGUGGUGUCAACCGCAGCAAGGAGCCCAGGCGAGAAUUCAAAGAACGUCAACAGGGAUUCAAAGGUCGUCGGGGUGCUAUGAGAAGGAGGGUUCACCAGGUCAAUGGACAUAAGUUUAUGGCCACUUUCUUAAGACAACCCACAUUCUGUUCACACUGUCGAGAAUUCAUAUGGGGCUUGGGCAAGCAGGGCUAUCAGUGUCAAGUUUGUACGUGUGUCGUGCACAAAAGGUGUCAUGAGCAAGUUGUAACAAAGUGUCCAGGAAUGCGAGAUGAGUCUAAAGAGACUAUGUUGCAAUCAAGCCAAUGCACUCAGGGGCCACGAUUCAAUAUAGAUGUCCCUCAUCGUUUUGUCAUCCACAAUUAUAAGCGAUUCACAUUUUGCGAUCACUGCGGCUCUCUUCUUUACGGCUUAAUUCGUCAAGGUUUGCAAUGCGAAGUCUGCGAUAUGAACGUCCACAAACGCUGCCAGAAGAACGUAGCCAACAACUGCGGCAUAAAUAUGAAGGCAAUGGCCGAAGUUCUUAGUACGAUUGGCAUAUCGCCGGACAAGCAAAUCAAGGCACCGCGUAUAAACUACAAACCGUCGAUUCCGUCAAGCAACACACCUACGAGCACCUCUCUGAACGAGACUUCGCCAGGAGUGAAUCAAGACCAGUCAUCCCAACAGGCACAGAAACCAAAAGAUUCUGGUACAGCUAGUGGCGAGAGUGCAAUAAGCGGUGGUCAGGACGACAUCCAUAAGAUCAGUAUCAAUGACUUUAACUUCAUUAAAGUGCUAGGAAAAGGAAGCUUCGGUAAGGUCAUGCUGGCUGAGAGAAAGGGACACCCGGACGAGGUCUACGCAGUCAAAGUAUUGAAGAAGGAUGUUAUAAUACAGGAUGAUGAUGUAGAAUGUACAAUGACGGAAAAGCGAAUUUUAGUUUUAGCAGCCAAGCAUCCAUUCCUCACAGCCCUGCAUAGUUGCUUCCAAACAAAGGAAAGAUUGUUCUUCGUCAUGGAAUAUGUUAACGGAGGCGACUUAAUGUUCCAAAUCCAAAAAGCCUGCAAAUUCGAAGAAGCUCGCGCUCGCUUUUACGCUGCGGAAGUAACGCUGGCGUUGCAAUUCCUACACAAAUACGGCGUCAUCUAUCGUGAUCUUAAGCUUGAUAAUAUCUUGCUUGACCAAGAAGGCCACUGCAAACUUGCUGAUUUCGGUAUGUGCAAGGAAGGUAUUUUGGACGGGGCAACUACGGCCACGUUCUGCGGUACUCCAGACUACAUUGCACCAGAAAUUUUGCAAGAAUUGGAAUACGGUGCGUGUGUCGACUGGUGGGCUUUAGGCGUACUCAUGUAUGAAAUGAUGGUUGGGCAGCCACCGUUUGAAGCCGAUAACGAGGACGAUCUUUUUGACUCUAUUUUGAAAGAUGAUGUAUUGUACCCGGUGUGGUUGAGCGAUGAGGCUGUUUCCAUUCUGAAGGGCUUUAUGACAAAAAAUCCAGCAAGAAGAUUAGGAUGCGUGGUAUCGAACGGUGGAGAGAAUGCAAUCAGGACGCAUUCAUUUUUCCAGAAUAUGGAUUGGGAAGCGCUUGAAGAUCGCAGGGUCAAGCCACCCUUUAAGCCAAAAAUCAAAAACAAAAAGGACGCUGUGAAUUUCGACGCUGAAUUUACUAAGGAGGAUCCAGUUUUGUCACCGAUAAACGCAGAAGUUGUUCCCUGCAUAAAUCAAGAAGAAUUCCGAGGCUUCUCCUUCAUAAAUAGGGAUUUUAAUCCUAGCAGAUUUGUCGCUCAGUAAAAGAAGAUGUCAAAAACGCUGAUUAAUUUUAAAAUUUUAUUAACGAACCAAAAGGGAAGGCUGGCGAUUAAUGGCGAUGAAGAUUACCACAGUGUUGGCCUCCUCUAAAGGUGAGCGAUAAUCACUUCUUCGCCGAGCUACUUCCACUAAGUUGGACGAAAUUCCUUUUGGACACCACACUACUUUUUCGCUUCAAGAAAGGGGUUUAGAGAAAUAAAGCGAAGACGUCCCGUUCUACUAUGAUCUCUAGUCAAACAAAUACAAAUCAUUUCGCAAAGAUUAAGUACGGCUCGCCAAGGGUGAACUUGUCACCCGAAUCGUGAUAACACUUUUCGUGCGAUGUAUUAAUGGGGUAACAAUUUUUUUAUCGGUUUCCAAGGACUUGCGAAAUGAUAAUAUCGUUACUAUUAAUAGUAAACAUGACGUCGAUUCGUCGCAUACAAAAUAUGAAAAAAUGAAGGUGGCCGCCUUCGAGCGAUACGAGAGCGUCAUUGCGCCCGUGCACUCAAUCGCUUUACGGUUCAUUGGCGAGACGCGGGCAUCGGUUUUUUCUCGCUCUAUUUUUUUUUCGUUUACACAUUGACAUACGUCCGACCAGCUUCAUACGUUGAGAGCUGUCGAGACCCAAAAAUUAAAAAUAUAUUCUAUUGUUUCUUUAAUAAUGUUGUGAGAUUAUAAAUUGAAUUUGUUAUCAAUAUUUUAGUGAAUAUAUUUAAUAAUAGAUGUAAAUUUGUAGUAGAGUCAGAAAAGUGGCGAGCGAUGCCUGCGUCAAAGGGCUUGCGAAAACUGAUAAAGAAAUUUAACAACGGUUUCGCCGAGCUUUUUGAAGGUAAAGCGCCUUUACCUCUUACGCGUACUGUUGCUCCGAUUUUUCUCGGCGAGAUCAUCAGGAUGCUCUCGUCGCGCAUUAUCGGGGCGUACCUGCUUAAAAAAACAAAGGUUAUAAACAGAGAUUAAGCGUUUAUAGGCUAUUACAAAAAAUAAAUGAGAAUAAGAAAAUAAAAAAAAAUAAUAAAUAAAAAAAUACAAAAUCGGACCGCUGGUGGCCCGUACCAGAGAGUCUAUAUGCAAGCAUUAUGCGUACUAUAAAUAUAUAUACAUAAAUUUAAAAAAAUAUAUAUGGAUAUAUAUAUAUAUAUAAAUAUACAUAUAUUUAACUUAUUUUAGCAUACGCUUAAAUUGAAAAAAAAAUAGUCAAGAUAAAUCGCAAAUUAUUGUUAGGAGCAAAGUAACAAAAAUGUAUUGUUUAUAAUUGUUGAAUGUUGCUGAUGGAUUAAAGAGGAAAAAUGAAGAAACUCAUAACUGUAAAGACGCCGAUCACGCACCCUCCAGGAUACCUUUAAGUGUUGUCUCUAAUUAGAUAUAAAAAAUAUACGUACCUUUUGAAGUUUCGUUGGGUGGGGAAAAUAAGGAUGAAAAAUAAAUUACCGCCGACGUCCAUCUGACAGCCUCGAAAUCGAGUCUGAUAGAAACAUAGAAUCGUAAUUAUACGUUAGAAAAAGCAAUCUUAUACAAGUAUAACGAAUCUUUAUACAUUUCUAUAAAAAUUUUUUGUGGAAAUCUUCGUCAAGGAAUACUUAUUAAACGAAACGCGCGCGGUUGGAAGUUUCUAUGCAAAAUUUUUAUAGAAUGUCGUAAGUUGAUUUUAUAUUUUUAUUGUCUUUACUGUGGAAUGAAAUGUUGAAUCUCCCUUUUCUUAAUGAAAAAGUAUAUUUAAAAAAAAGCAUCAAUGAAAAAUAUAUAUAAUGCAUAUGAUCUGUGUCUACACAAGGUUUCUCUAUGUUUCUAUUCGACUGUUUUUUACUAGGAAUGAUACGAAACAGGGCCAGUGCUCAUCGGGAUUUAAAUUCUAUGUGACAAAAGAAGAUAACUCGCGCCUUGUACACUAAUAAAACAAAAAUAAAGAAAAAGUAUGUUAGUUUAGUUUCGGCAAUGCGAGUUGCGAGAGUAUUACGCCAGUGUGCGUGUAUCCGCAUGCGCGUGUAAUUUAUCAUCAGAAUGAUUCGUGUACUUAAGUAUAAUGUCGCGUCCGAAACUUAAAAUUUGAAAAAGUAUAAAAAAAUUACUCAUGUAAGCUUCUGAGGUCGUGCCUCCCUUAUUGUCAAAGUGGAGGAGCUAGAAGGGAAAAAUUUACGAGAACUACGCCGACACUUACUUUUGUGUUUCGUUUUCUCUAAUCUUUGUUCAUUUCUUCUUUUUAUAAUCUAAGUCGUGAUAAUUUUACACGCACAAAAUCGUACUGUUCGUAAUAGCUAUUAAGUUUUAUUUUUGAAGAGUUUUUUUUUUUUUAAAUUUUUAUUACUUUAUUUUUUUAUAUAAGAAACAAAAAUUGAAAAAAUAAUCUCGCGCAAGGCAAUAAGCACCCUUUUUCCUCCUUGCUCUUCCUUUUGUUUAGGGAUACGUUGCUGGCCUUUUUGUCUCUUUGCUAAAGUGUUAAAAGCCCCACGGACCUUCUCAGAGAGACAGAAAGCUCAACUCCAACCGUAAACAAAUAAUAGAUGUACCAUGCUUAAUUAUAAUUCGAUGUCGUAUUCGUCGUCGUCGUCAUCGUCGUUUAAAUGAACGUGCAAUUUAAGAGUAAGAAAAGAAUAAAAAAUUGGCAUGCAGCGUUCCCUUACGAUCGAGACGCGACGGUUAAGUUGCGCUUAAAUUAUUUAAUGUACAGCGUCUCGAACGCAAAGCUAUAAGCACCUUUUCAACCUUUUGUUCAUGAAUUGUGGUUUAUAAUCCGAAAAAUAAUCUAACGGCCGUUGUGUAUUUCGAGCCUGUGCAGGACUCGAAAUGCAGAAUUGAGCCGCAGAUUGUACUACGGUAUAUACUCGGUUAGAGACUUUAACUAGCGUUAUCCAACUAAUGUUUAUUAUUUAAUUUUCUAACUAUGUGUAUAUAUAUAUAUAUAUAUAUAUAUAUAUACAUAUGUAGUAUAAUAAUCGUGCAUUUUCUUUUCCAGAUGAGCAUGCAUUUUAUUGUAUUUUUGUGCGACCUUUGUCGAUGUUGUGUAUUGCGUUGUUUGUUAUUAUUUUCUAACCACUUCGUCUGGUAUUCAAGCGAAGCAACAUCGAGCGAACGUACUAUAACUUUUUACUCGCAAACCUAUAGGAUAAUCGACAAAUGCAUUUAUUUAUUUUAAUAUUUUACAUUAUAUUUAUUUAUUUAUAUUUAUUUAUUUAUUUAUUUGAACCGCGAGAGAUGAGCAUGUUAUCUUGUGACCUUAAUUAUUUCGACUCAUUACUUUUUUCUUCAAAGAAGAGUCGUUAUAAGGGGUGUGUGCCCGCGCGCAAAUAAAGCGCACAAUUAUUCGCUUUCGUUCGUGUUCGCGUGUCAGAUGCAAUUACGAUCGCACACAGCCAUAAUGUGAACAACGAAAGGAGAAACAAAAAGACAUAAGUCUCGGAAAAUUGUCUAGAAGUUGAUUAAGCGAGAGGACGCGUAACGUUUAAAGCCACAAGAAAGUACUUAAGUUCCCUCCUCGAUUUUUAACAAAUGUACGAUUACUCGCGAUACAACGACUGCGCGAUCUCGUUUUAUAUACUAAGCGCCACCAGAAAUUUUAUUGUUGCACACGAUGCACAUGCAUUCUUUUCGGAAAUUAGGGAGCAAAAAAUGUAGACGCAGAACGACGUCUAGAGAUCUGCCAGAGAUUCGUAUUAAUUAUUCUUGCUUUACCAAAGUUUCAAUUUCACGAUCUUGAUCUGUGUUCAUGAAUUAUUGUUAUAUGUGACGGCUACGGAAAGACAUUGAAUUAUAAUAAGUUUCCAUUAGAUCAACGUAUGUUCUAUCCGCUAGCAUGAAACAAAAAUAAGCAAAACGUUUCGAUUUGUGUAUUCUUUAUCGGAAGCUUUGAGCGUUUGAUGUUGCUUCGUAGAUGAUUAAAGAGAUUUCAAAAACAAAAAACCCCAGAGUUAGAAAGAUAAACGAAAAUGUGAUACACGAAACCCGCAGAAACGAGUGAAAUAAAAUAAAGAAGAAUACAUUAGCUUAAAGUGCAGACCGUUAAAGAGUAUGGAGCGCAGCGCGUACGUGUGUAUUAAAAAAAAAUCUUUAUUAUAAGAGAUUUCUGAAUUUUAGCUAAGGCUGCACACAAACCUUGUCUGCGCUCCGUUCUUCUUUUUCUUUUUGUUAUAACGAUCGAGUAAAAGUAAAUACAGAAAAGUCAAAAGUGAGCCAAUAAGCAAAUAUAUGUUAAAAAAAUUAAAUAUAUAAAGUGAAGGUAACAUUUGGAAUCCGUACAAGAAUGAGGUAAAAGUUGUCAAUGAAACAGAAAGCAACAAGAAAUAAAUGAAAAGAACAAAAAAUAACACGUAAGUGCACAAGAUCUGCGUCUAUACCGGGACCGUAGAUUAUAGAUAGAAGUUAAUAUGUACCUAUACUAUAUGUACGUACGUUGUCUGCGACAAUAACGUUCAUAUCCAUGCCUCGGCCAAAUCGCGCAAGAUUUUUUCUUUUUUUAUUGAUCUAAGUUUUUUUUACUCUUCGUUGGACUUCCCUACUUAUAUAAGUAUAAUACAAAGCGCGGUUCUACAAAAUAAUAAUUACGUGUAAAAGAGGGAGUGCAAGUGGCAACGCGAAAAUGUGGAUGAAUGACAGUGCGCAAGAGUAUGGAGAGAAUAAUAUGUGACGAUGCUUACGCACAUUGAAUUACCAAAAAUAUAGUCAGGUUUUUAUCUGAGCACAUGCAAUAUAAUAGACACACGACCUAUAAUAAGUGCGUCGGGCGGCCGAGGCAAGGGCUGAACGAGCAGCUGCGACGAACACUGUUACUUGUCUGAUUAUCGUGUAAAGAAUCGUAAAUAAAAAGUAUAUAUGUAUCUAUA